AUGCCCUUCGACCGGAUAUUAGAGUAUCGGAGCCGUGUCUGUGGCCGCGACAUACUAUCAUACACAACCAUAUCACUGCACUCAUGACUAGUGAGUUUGACGACUUACUCGUUCCACUCCGUCUCGCCGAUGUUUCCGUCUCACAAUUCAGUACUCUCGACGGUGCGCUGUGUGGAUGAUGAUAGCCUGGGCACCACCCAAACCUCAGUCUACUCAAGACAUUCUGAUCCGUUUAUGGCCAUGAGCAGGCUUCGCGGCUGUGUGCUCUUCAUUAACCAUCUUUUUGCUUGUCCAGAUACCCACACCCCUUCUAACUCACAAGUAAAUAUUCGCCAUUUUAUCGAAUAUUCACUUCAUCGUACCAAAGUUCAUUCUUCCUUAACUUUCGCUGCUCUCGUCCUACUCCAGGACUCAAGGCGCGCUUUAUUUACGGUGGAUGGACACGCGCUCUUGUAUAACACUAUCCAUCAUAUAGUUGUAUUCGUUGAAGUGCUACAUGCUAGGAUACAAAUAACACAACAUCCUGCUGAAGUUUAACUAAUACCACAUCAGCAACAGGAAGCACCAUGUCAAGUAACGAGGGAGAGACACGUUAACGCAGAAAAGAUGGUAGCAGGGGGUGGGGGAGCGUACGGGCAGUGGGGAUACAUGGUUGGUUGGUUUGCUCGGGGUUUGGAAUCGUUGAAGGAACCAACAAAGAUCCGGAUGAUAACAGGGUCACCAGACACUAAUCACAUCACAUCAUGCUGUACACGCACUAGCAUGCGUUUGAAGUGACGAAUA